AUGGACCGAAUCAACCAGGUCGAUUUGCUCGGAACGGCGCAGGUGAUCGAAGCCUUCUACCCCGUGGUGACUAGAGGCACAACGAUGGUAGUUGUCGCAAGUGUAUAUGGGCAUGGACGACAAGGCGAUCUAACAUCGGAAUUUGAGGAACACCUAGCUACUGCACCAAUGGAUCAACUGUUGCAGCGCCCCGAACUGAACUCAAGCACAUACGGCCCUGACGGGGCACACAAGGCAUGCAAAUAUCGACAUCGAGAGUAUGCAAUUUGGAAAGGGGAAAUAUUAUUCGUGUUCAGGCAGCGGCAAAGGCAUGGGCCGACAAAGGGGCACGCAUCAAUUCGGCAAGCCCGUACCGCGAUGAGUCGGCAGGAACUGGAGGGACUCGGAGAAGCCUAUUUACAAGGCUUCAUCGAGGCGUCCCUGGCGAAACGAGCCGGAGGUCCCUUUGACGUGGCCAAUGCGGUGGCUUUCCUGUCAUCGCCUGAAGCGGAUUUUAUAAUCGGCAGUGAUAUUCGAGUCGAUGGUGGGUGGAUCGUCCACGAAAAUGGACGGACGAUCCUCUUUUCCCAAAGUGAUAUCAUUAGUCUGUUCAGUUCGGGUCAAAACGAUCGAUGUGUCGGUGAUAGCUGUCAACAAUUGUCUGCAAACUAA